AGGAAAGUCAACGUGGUCCAAUCAACGACUCAAUUUCUUUCCACACUUUUAAGAUGGCGGCCUCCAGCGAGAUGGCAUGGCCAAGGUUCUGUUCAGUUCUGCUCCUAGUCUUGCUACAAGCUUUACGUUCCUCCUCCAUCAAGUCUAAGCCAAUCACCACAUCCCUGCAAGCCAAGUGGCCAGCCACACCACUAGUGGCAGAGGCUAGUGAGUUCCUGGCAGACAAGGGAGUGGAGAGUUUCUGGAGUUUUGUGGACUCAUUGUCGGAACUUAGAGAUGGUGACGUUGGAGAGACUGACGAGAGUAAAUAUGCAUUUGUGAUGAAGUUUGCUGGGCGUCUUCUCUCUGAUACUGAGAGGGACCUGCUCAAAUUGACACUGUCCAUUCACUCCUACUCUCCGAAAAUAGAAAUGUUUAACCAGAUAGCUCAAGAUCUCCCACCUCCCUCUGGCUGUGAUGCCUUUGUCCAUGUUCAUGGACAGGUCACAUGUUCACUGACAGACAUGGCAGAAUUGAUAGCUUCUGCGCCAGAAAGGGCUAAGCCAAACGUUUAUGCAGUCGAUCACCGGUAUCCGCGAUCCCAGAACAACUCCAUAACAGUCAUUCUGUACGGUCACAUAGGCAACCUGAGAUCACAGGUGAAACAUUUCCACCAGCGACUAAAGGGACUGGCCAACAAGGGAACUGUGCAAUAUGUCCUGAGACACUUUGUCAAGGACCAGUCUGCACAAAGAAUCCGGCUUUCCGGCUAUGGUGUGGAACUGGCCAUCAAGAGCACCGAGUAUAAGGCGGUGGACGACACAGAGGUCAAAGAAGGAGAUGGUCACUCCCAGGAUGAGGAAGACAAUGCACCGGAUGAGGUCCAAGGUUUCAUCUUCUCCAAGCUCAAGGAACUUCAUCCCGACUUGGUGGAUAAUCUCAACAGUUUCCGCGCCUCGCUUCUUGAGAGCAACAGAAAAAUGGUUCCUCUUAAAGUGUGGCAACUGCAAACCAUUGCAUUCCAAGCUGCCCAGCGGGUGUUGUCCUCUCCCACCAAAGAUGCUCUGAGAGUCUUGAGGGAGAUCAGUCAGAACUUCCCUCUGCUAGCCAGCUCAUUGGUCAAGACGCAGGUCAAAGAUGAGGUCAGGAAGGAGAUCACAGAGAACCAGAAGAUAUUUGAGGCGACGUAUGGCGUAGGUGAAGGAGAUACCAUCAUGAUGCUGAAUGGUCUGGUCAUUGAUACUGAUGUUGCAGAGCCAUUCCUGUUGCUGGAGUUGUUGAGGUCAGAGAGCCAGAUUCUUGAUGGUCUCUACUCUCUGGGUGUGAGCGGUGAGGCGUCUGGUCAGCUAAUGAGGGUACAGGUGGCUUCCCAUGAUGGUACCUAUGCAGUGGACAUCAGAGAUAAUAGUGUUUUGUAUUUGAAUGAUCUUGAGAAAGAUGAACGUUAUGCUCAUUGGCCUAGCGGUGUUCAGGAAUUCUUGCGGCCGAUGUUCCCAGGAAUGCUGCGACAGAUCAAGAAAAAUGUCUUUCAUCUGAUCUUUAUGUUAGACCCCACCCAGCCUGAAUCGCUCCAGUUCUUGCAGCAAGCUGAGAUGUUUGUUUUGAACGAGAUUCCUGUCACUGUGGGUGUGGUGUUUGUCGUUAGCAAGGAGGAUGAAGUCAAUUGGCGUGAGGAUGCAGGCGUGGCCAUGAUGAGGGCAUUCAACUUUGCCAUGAUUGAUGGAGGAUCACCCCAGGCUUUGGAUCUGCUCAUUAAGAUUCUGACAGCAGCCGAGGACGAGGUUGUGACUCCAGAGAACGUUGUUCAAACUUUCAAAAAGAUGUUCCCUGGUGAAGAUCUGGACGAAAUCUUGGGGCCUGGCACCGAAUAUGAUGAUCGAAGACAGGAUGGCAAAGCCUACUUUGAGAGGACAGGAUUGGGUUCUUUGCCACAAGUCAUGAUGAAUGGAGUGCCAUUUACUUCCAAGCAGCUUCAGCCUGAUGAGUUUGAAGAAAGUGUGGUGACGGCUAUUCUCAUGGCUACUCCUGACCUCCAGAGGGCAGUUUACAGAGGAAAGAUUAACGACCGCACAAACCUAAUGGACUAUCUGAUGGCACAACCCAAUGUAAUGCCGCGUCUUAAUCCUAGAAUCCUCGCCGAUGACACUAGAUUAUUGGACCUGACGGCACAACCAGGCGACUUGCCCAAUCUGAGUCUGUCCGUCUUCCAAGGCUUGAGCACCAGUGGUCAGACGGCAGCUGUCACCAACUCCAUGAAGUAUCUCACCAAGAAAGAUGAUUUGAGCCUACGACCGGUGAGCAUGUGGAUAGUGUGUGACUUGGAAACAACAGAGGGUCGAAUGCUGGUUAGCAAUGCUAACAAGUACAUGAAAACAUCCAACACCCUCCGUAUUGGUGUGAUCUCAAACACUGCCGAUUCCAGUGACAAUCGACAGUGGUUAGCCAGGGCCAUCCACUCAGUACAGAAGACCCAGACCCGUAACCAUGCCAAGAACUUCAUCAACAAGCUUCUCAAGGAGGAGAACUACCAGAGCAUCGAGGGUGGAAAAACCAAGGUGGAGGAUUAUGAAGUCCAUGGCAUGAAUAUGGGUGCGUUCAAGCAAGCCUUCAAGGAGUCCGAGUUUCUCAAGAUUCAGAGAGUCUUCAGCGAUAAAGUUCUUCACCUUCUACCUGGCCAGAGGGCCGUGAUCGCUAGUGGAAGGGUCUUUGGUCCUCUGUCCCAAGAUGAACAGUUCACGGAAGAUGACUUCUCUCUGGCUGAAAAACUGAUUUUGCAGACAUCGGCAGCCAGUGUCAAAAAGAAGAUGGAGAAACUCGCCUCCAAUUUUGCUAGCACUGGAGAUUCCUUGAGUGACCUCACCCUGAAGGUGGAUGCCCUUCUAGCCUCCAACUCCAGGCAGGAGGGUCGCAAAGAGGUCAGCUUUUGGAGGGACAAACACAGUGUGAUAGAUAUCCCCCCUCGCGACCAAUCCAAGCCAUGCUUCGACAUCGUUGCUAUCCUAGAUCCACUCAGCUCUCAAGCUCAGAAAUGGAGUCACAUCCUGGGGGUCCUUAAAGAAGUCAUCAACGUCAAGAUAAGGAUCUUCAUGAACCCAAAAGACAAGCUGUCAGAGAUGCCGCUGAAAAGGUUUUAUCGUUACGUUUUGGAACCAGAGCUCUCUUUUAGAGUGGACAGCAGUCUGACGGCUGGACCUAUGGCCAAGUUCAGCGAUAUGCCCCCUGACACCUUGUUGACCCUUAACCUCUUGACCCCAGAGAGCUGGUUGGUCGAACCAGUCCGGACUGCCCACGAUCUGGACAACAUCAAACUCAGUGAGUCAGAGAUGGGCAUCCAUGGUCAGUAUGAACUAGAAUAUCUUCUGGUGGAGGGACACUGCUUUGACCAAGCCAGCGGUCAGCCUCCCAGGGGAUUGCAGUUCACUCUUGGUAACCAACAGGAACCGGUCAUUCAAGACACGAUCGUCAUGGCAAACCUGGGAUAUUUUCAGCUGAAGGCCAACCCGGGGGCUUGGCUCUUGAGACUCCGGCAUGGAAGAUCAGCAGACAUCUACCAAGUCAGUGGUCAUGAAGGCACGGAUUCAUUACCCGGUGUGAAUGACACUAUCAUUACCAUGGACAGCUUCAAGAGUAAAAUCAUCAAAAUUAAGGUGAACAAGAAACCAGGGAAGGAGGAUGAAAGUUUAUUGUCGGACUCUCAAACUGACAAAAGGGUCGCUGGAGGAAUAUGGGACUCUUUGUCCAGCUUUGUUUCCAGUUUGACAGGGUCUGGAGGCAAGGAGGGUGAUUCUGAUCAAGACAAGACACUUAACAUCUUCUCCAUUGCAUCUGGUCAUCUCUACGAACGCUUCCUCAGGAUCAUGAUGUUGAGUGUUUUAAAGAAUACAAAGUCGCCCGUCAAAUUCUGGUUUCUGAAGAACUACCUGUCACCUACAUUCAAGGAGUUCAUACCUCACAUGGCAGCUGAGUAUGGGUUUGAGUAUGAGUUGGUGCAGUACAAAUGGCCACGCUGGCUUCAUCAACAAACUGAGAAGCAACGCCUCAUCUGGGGUUACAAGAUCUUAUUCCUGGAUGUCCUCUUCCCGUUGGAUGUCAAGAAGAUCAUCUUUGUAGAUGCCGACCAAAUUGUGCGAGCUGACCUGCAGGAGCUGGCCAAUUUGAACCUCCAGGGGGCGCCCUACGGUUACACACCAUUCUGUGCCAGCCGUAGAGAGAUGGAUGGGUUCAGAUUCUGGAAUUCUGGGUACUGGAAGAGUCACCUGGCAGGCCGGAAAUAUCACAUCAGUGCUUUGUAUGUAGUUGAUCUGGUCAAAUUCCGCAAGAUAGCUGCAGGGGAUCGGCUAAGAGGGCAGUACCAGGCACUGAGUCAGGACCCAAAUAGUCUAUCCAACUUGGACCAGGACCUUCCGAACAACAUGAUCCACCAGGUUGCUAUCCACUCCCUGCCUCAGGAAUGGUUAUGGUGUGAGACGUGGUGUAGCGAUGCAGAGAAGCCAGCCGCUAAAACUAUUGACUUGUGUAACAACCCUCUUACUAAAGAACCUAAGCUGGAGAGUGCAGUACGCAUCGUGCCAGAAUGGACAGGUUAUGACAAUGAGAUCAAAGCAUUGCAGGAAAGAGUCGCGCAGGGUUUAACCACUCAAAGUGUUGGAGGAGACAAGACUCAGGCUAAUCCAGCAGAUGACCAUACUGAGUUAUGAUGAAGGCCUCUGCUCAACGCAAUGUCUGUGUAGUAUUAUUUUCAGUAAGUGAACAAAAAUAUGUGGUCAGUCUGUCACACGAGUGAAAGUCUUAAAUAGUUGAGAAGCCAGAAUGCGACGUCUGGAUGUUUCUAAAGGAAGCAAAAAGGCUAUACUGGGAGCAAUGUGUAAGUCACGGAUUGAAGGGUAAAGAUUUAAAGUAACAACUCUAAGCUAACUGCAAUCCUGGAUGCUGAUAAGUCAGUGUCAUGACAACAGUGGAUAUUAUUGUGGGACAUUUCACAGCCAUUGGCUCUGUUAUGCUUAUUUUAACUAGAAUAGUUAACUUGAUGUUCAGGGCAAGAACGUUACCUGGGCAAUUUCCUUGAUGCUCCUGGUCUUUACCUUGAACCUGCUGAAGUGUUCCCACAAGUGUUCCCACAAGUGUCCUUUGUGAAGGAGAAAUAAGCCUUUUGUGAGUCAAAUAUGAAUAAAAUCUGGUACACUGAGUUUUUUAAAUUCAUGUGAACAUAACAAUUGGAAUUCUCCGUACUAAAGUCACUUUGCUAUGCCUCGUGAUUUUGGGCAUGCUUUUCCUCAGUUAUAUGAGAGACGCCUUGCAACAAUACACUGUUCUCAAUGGAUAAGAAGGGCACAAAGGAACCAGUCCA